GUCAAAGAUGCCUCCAGGGUCACCCUGCAGAUCAUCCUGCCUACCCACCCAACACGACCACCUCACCCUCCCAAGCUCGCCUCCAGAGACCCGGGGCGUUUGGACCCUGGUCGCGAGGCGUGGGUGAGGAGGAGACCGGGCGUGGGUGAAUGUCCACCUCCAAGCCUGGGUGAGAAGAAGGCGAGGAAGAGGGGAAGAGAGGAAGAGAGAAGGGGGAGAGAGCGCGGAGCGACGUGGAACGAACUCCGGCGGAGGCACCAGGGUACUCAGGUUUUCCUUCCACACGAAGCCACAUCCGCUCAUUUAUGGAAUUGGCCAAAUAUCCCAGUGCAGGACCCGCGUGAAAAGAGAGUCUCUGUCUUUAGACUGGGACUUUCCUGGGCAAAGAGCAGCAUAAUUUAUUUUCAUGUUUCUGGCAGUAACUCAUCUUCAUCAGCUUCGAGCGCGUGCACGCAUGCUCGCUGCUUGCGCCGCGAUGCUCCACGCGGACGCCAGCUCAUUCUUCACGGAGGAUACGCUCAGACCGCCGGUGCCAGGGGAAGAAGGGAAAGGAGCCAAAUAUCGAUGCACAGCAAGAACAGCAGUGGCGGCAGUGCAGCAAAGUGUCCAUAAGCCAAUUCAGACGGUGCUGCUGGCGCAAUCGUCACCGUCUCCGGGGAGCCCCACAUCGGCACGCCGGUCGAACGAGCCAGAGGGCAGCGCGUCGCCGCCGGUGCCGUGCCCGCUGUGGGGAGAGUCUCUGCAGACACUGCUGGAGGACUGCGACGGCGCCAGCCUCUUCCGCGCCUUCCUGGCAAGCGACAGCUCCGAGGACAUGCUCGACUUCUGGUUCGCCUGCGCCGGCUACCGCAGACUAGGCCUCGCCGACGGCGGCCGGCGGCUCGGGCUGGCGCGUGCCAUUCACCGAAGGUACCUGGCUGAGGGCGGCGACGGGCGUGGCACCGUGUCCCAGCUGCUAUCGCCGGGCACGCGGGCCCGUGUGCGCCGGGGCGUGGAGAGCGGCCGGGCAGAGCUGUCCCUGCUUGACGAGGCGCAGGGGGAGGUGCACGCGGCGCUGGAGGCCGGAGCCUACGUGGCCUUUCUCAAGUCCGACGUCCUGGCGGAGUACGCGCGCUCAGGCGGGAACAGCCCGGGGCCCGGGGCCGAGGCGCUGGUCCUGGGGCCUCGAGGGGGCUGCUACGGCGGGGAGGAGGGACGGGAGCGCGGGGUCUGCGCAUCCUUCCAAGCGUCCGGCAAAGCCGUGACGUUCGAGCAACGGCUUGCGGCGGCAGCAGUGACGGAAGCGGAGCAGAGGAGAGACGGGGAGAAGUCGGCACACGACGAGGCUGGGAGAAGUGCGUGGGUGCUCCCGCGGGACCCACCAAGCCUGGCGGAGUGGCGGGAGGGAGUCGAUCCCGCGGCGCUGGGAACGAGCGGCGGGAGCGACGCGGCCGGACCGAGCGACGACGCGAACGAGAGCAGUGAAGUCGGCAGGACGAGCGAGGCGAGCAGCGGGACGAGCUGGCCGAGGUGGACGAGUGGGCGUCCAGGGGAUUCGGAGCCCAAAAGCCUCACAAAAAUGAUCGAUCCAGACCAAUUAAAGUGUGGACAGAAGCAGGCUUGGUGCAGCAGCGGUAGCAGCAGCAGCAGCCACAUGGAGGAAAGAAUGAAAAGGGCCCGGCAGGUGAUGAAGGACGCCGUGAUGAACCCGGCGAGGUUUGCUGCGGAGCUGACCGCUCGGCUGGAGCGCCUACAGAGGGAUCGGAGGCUCCAAUGGGGCCUGGAGGAGCAGCAGGCAGAAGGCGAGUGGGCGGAUGGAACAGGAAGCCCCAUGGACAUGGCUCGCCACCUUGCAAGCUCUUCCCGACCCACGAAUUCCUCCCGAGGAACCUCCGCCCACUCCGAUGGCAGGACGACGCUUCCGCAAAACGUUCCGCAAGACGACGACGGCGACGACGAGUGCACCGAGAGCGUUCUCGACGGGCACGUGACGCGAACGCUGGUGUGCCAACUGCCUCACGCCGGCGGUGGCUCUGAGCGGCCCCGGGGUGCUCGUAAUAACGUGGCUCAAGCAGGGCCCCCCACAAACCAGACCCUCCCUGAGUCCCCCACUGCACGCUCCCUUCCCCGCAUACAGUCGUCUCUUAGCGUCAGCACAGUGCACUCAUUCCACUACAGGCAGGUCUCGCAGCACAUGCACCACCACCAUCACCACCAUCAUCAUCAUCACCACCACCACGGUGGCGGCGGAGGAGGCCGCAGCGGGCGGUCCCUGCAGGAGAUGGAGAUGGAGGCCGCGAGGCGAGUGCGGUACGAGGCCGGGGGUGACGCCUGCCGGGUCGUGAGCGAUCCCCGCACGGGCAUGGACAGCGUGGGCCUGCCGGACGAGCUGGCUGAGCGCCUGCGGUGCAGAGACGCGACGCAGGGCUGGUUCACCAGGACGCCGCUGGAGAACACGUCUCGCGAGGACGAGGAAAGCGGCGGGGCCUCCGCGGAGACGGCGGCGGCAGAAGCGGCAGCGGCAUCCUGCCUGCCCCUGGAGUCCGACCUGGAUCGCGCGCACGUCUGGCUCCCACAGCUCGGCGGCAAGAGGGAGUCGGGCAGGAACCCCAAAGCCUCACACGCGUGCAAGGCAAAAAGGCCGCUGUCCAGCCGGUCGCCUCCACAGGGCACCGCGGUGGCUUACUAUUUCUGCGGCGAGCCCAUCCCGUAUCGCACGUCGGUGACGGAGAGAGCUCUAACGCUGGCCCACUUCAAGGAGAUGCUCGGCAAAAAGGGCACCUACAGGUAUUAUUUCAGGAGAGCCAGCGGCGAGUUCGACUGUGGGUUUGUGUUCGAGGAAGUAAGAGACGACAACGCCGUUUUGCCAAGUUACGAAGGCAAAGUCAUUGGGAAAGUUGAGAGGGUGGAGUGACAUCAGCAAAAUAAAACGUCUGGUUUUAUUUGGAGUGCUGUGCCCACGUGUGUGUGUGUGCGUUACAAAACCCGGCGGCCCGAGUUCAAUUCCAGCCCACGGCCACAACCACUAGGCAACCAUUGUCGACUUCUGUCAAAGUUGUACUCGUUUGAUUGACCACGUAAAAAUUAUGUUUAAAAUAUUUUAUUUUUAUACACACACGCAGAAUUGUGUUCUUUGUGUAAUUUAAUUUAUUGUGGUUGACAUAUGCACAUGGUUACAUACUGGGAGUGUUUAUGGACAGAUCUAGCAUGUGGGUGUGCGGUGGGUGGCACUGCUAUUUUAUAACCUGGGGGGAAAACUGCUGCGGUUGGGGGCAUGAAAGGAGUUAGGGAGCAGCGAUUGGAGGUGGGGAUGUACUGUGUGGAGCAGCUGCAGCUGUCGAGAUAGAACGUGCUGCAGCCUCGUUGAGGAUGGACAUAGCUUCAUAAUUCCGCCUCUGUUUACAAUGCAAUGUCUCCACCCACCCCUUCGGCUACAGCGUCUCUCCGCCGAGCGGUGCCAUAUUUCGCUUGCGCAAUCUUUUGCGCGUUACAUUUUACGUGAAACUUAAUACAAAGCACAUUCAAUUGAGAUCUUCUCUUCGAAGGCCGUAAAGUCUGCAAACUCUUUUUUUACUGGGCCUCGUUCACACGUAAAUGCGCCGUCGGGGGGGGUGGAGCAAGUGGCGCUGCGGUCAGCGCGCGCUGCGCUGUCGACCCGGCGGCGGACCCGCGUGCGAUUUCCAAUCGCGACCAUCAUCAGCGGGAGAGUGAUAUCUUGAACGGGUCCUGGGCGUCCCUCUUCACCAGUCCACUCCAGCCAGUGUGCUGCAGCGCGUGGUCCAAUGAUCCCCAAGACCGACACGGCAUGGGGAGGCCGUCAUCUAGCAGUGGACUGGCAGAGGCGCUGUAAAAAAGUACGCUGUGUAUGCGGUACGUGUACCUGUGCAUGCGGUACGUGUACCUGUGCACGCGGUACGUGUAUCUGUGCGUAUAUACAAACGCCGUGCAACAUACACUAUUGGAGGCAAACAUCAGCUAUUUGAAAACAGGUUAUCAAAAGAACACGUGAUUUGUUUAUUUAUUGUGUAUAUAUCGACCCCUUGCGUUCAUAAUAUUUCUGAAGUUUUACAUAAAUAUACCCAUUUAAUCCCAGUAACCAAUGAUAUACUCUUUAAUAGGUGAUUAGGUGGAAAGAUUUGUUUUAAAUCCAUUUUUGUUUCACAAUCCAUCUUAUUUGUGUUCUAGUUGUAUGUGUUUCUAUUUAACGGUCUAGGCGAGGAAGUCCAUGCAAGGAUCAAUGAGUUAUCAGAGAUAUUUUUCCUGUUUUAAGGCGUGACAUCUUCAAACUUAACUUUUCAUUGAACGAGAGUCGGGGCGGCGUUAGUCCUUAUACUGUUGGUUGGGCUGCUGGCCACACGUGAAACAAUUCCGCACAGUGAGCCACAUUUCGUUUAGUGCAAGACACGCGCGAUGGAUUGAUAACGGAUCAGAGACCACCCCCCCCCGCCCAUUGCAAAUCAGUGUGUUGAGCCUUUUUUACCGCGUUGCACAGCUUAGCGAAAGCCGAGCGCCUGUCUUAUUUCUACCUGUCGGGUCCAAUCGCAUCUCGGCUCAAAUUAACUUGGUGGGGCAGUGCUCAACUUUGGUGGUGGCCCUGAACCAGUGGUUCAAAUUCCGCAUUCCUUCGAUGACUACUGUUACUGCUCUUUAGUUUUUAUGGUUUGUGCUGCGUGGCUCUGCGAUGUGUUUUCGGGGUCGUACCGCGUGUUGUUCGGAACGACGUCCGACGUUUCGCUCCACGUGCUGCGAGCUUCUUCAGGAAGCGUUACUGAGCAGCCUACGAUCUCUCAAACGUCGGAUAUAUUGUGCCGAACGCGCGUACGACCUGGAAAUCAAUCGGAGAACCAUGACGGAUGUUGACUUUGUACAAAAUGGUACAUGUUAUCCAUUCUGUUGGGAUGACAGAUUAAAUCAACCCUCAACUGAGAAUUGAGCUGACCACCCUUUUUAUUGUGUGUCAAGCACUGUGAGUUCCAUUAUUUUGGACGUGACAUUGCAGACACUUUAAAGACGCGGGUAAUGAUAAUAAGAUUUGUUUUUUGAAUUCGUAUGACGUUGCAUAAAUGCCUCGGCAACUCAAAGCGCCUUGUAUCUCAUCUCAAACAUUCUAAUUGCGCCCCCACUGGCAGCUGUCCUUAUGGCGGCAAAAUGAGACCCUGCGUCUACGUGCAAGCCAGUAGGCGGCGAAGAUUGCGAUGUGUAAUCCCGAUUGAGUCAUUUGCAGGUAAUCAUUAGCGUAAUCACAAAGUGGCGUUUUAUUUAAAGUUAACCAAUUUCGUUUUGUAAUCUCCCCCUUCAUAGUAAGGGAGAAAUUCUUGUAACGGACGUGGACUGUUAGAAAACCUGGCUGUUAGCUUCCCCGCUGAGAUGGUUCAUUCGAUUUUGCGUAUGUGUAGAGCCAUCGACUGGUUCCAUAAAUAAAGACCAUGUUUUCUUUAACUAGAUCAUUACCGUCAAACUGACAGACACCCAGUGUGUGUUAGUUCUGAGGGUGAUAUUGAAAUGUUGACCGAGGAAGUUACCCAAUUCGUCGAACUUUCAUGCUUAUAUUUACUGUAGUAAUAAAACAAACUGCUCAUGCCCAAACAUCUGUCACUGUUACACCUGCUCUCGUCAAAAUGUGAAAACGUCGGCAAUAAUUACCUCUCGGUGUCUGAUUUUCACAGAUUGCACAUGUAUUAUUAUCCUUACCCGGAGAUGAAUGAGGUAUUAUUGAUGCGUGAUACGUUCUUGAGUGUCUUCUGUGGUUUGAGAUGCUGUACCAUGAGUGUUCUGCUUACACCUUUUAAGAGUUAAUGUUUUCUCAGGGUUAUACACUGGUUGGCAUUGCUGCAGAGAAUUAAUAUUUUUGGGGAGCAUUAUUUUAACGGUGAUAAUUGGUGCACGUUGAUUGAAUGAAUUCUUUAUAUUUGCAGCACUUACAAUCUUAAUAUUUGUAAAUAAUACAGCGUUUCUUCUAUUUCAUGUAGAUAUUGUAAUUACAGUAUUUCAUGUCACUAUACCAAUGUACUGUUCGUGUUUCUGAGCACUU